AUUCUGCCCCGCCAUCAACUCCCCUCCAUCGACCUCAUACAAACUACCUACACACCCCAACUUUUCUCCCAAAAACAACCACCAAACCCAAAAACACAAAGUAAAGAUGGCAGAUACCGCAGCUACAGAUGCGCCCACAGAGCCCCAAUCCAGAAUUGUCACAUAUUGCGGAGGUACGUUCACUUUACUCUUUCACAACCGAAGGAAUGACCCCGCCAUCGAGUCUGGCUAACUUGUUUGUUUUGCGCAGUAUGCUCGUUACCACUAGAGGUAUGCCAAACCACCCGCGAUUUUGGAGGAUUUGAGAGGGGGAUAUGUGGGAGUUAAUAUAUACUAAAUGUGAGGGGGUAGUACUGUGAAUUCGGCGGUACCGUAAAGAAAUGUCAAGAAUGGCUCGAGAAGACAGACGAGGACAUGUACGAGAGAUUAUGGUCCGAAGGUCCGUUCCCUCUCCAACCCACGACCUAAACCUCUCUCUAAAGAUCCAUCCAGAUGCCUUAGCAGCAGCAACCUCCACCCUCUCCGUCGACGCCCGCAAACGCGCCGAAAAAGACGCCCACAAGAAAGCCCUCAAAGCCGAAGCGCUCGAAGCCAAACAAGCGCAAACCAUCUCCGCCUCCAAGGUCACCAUCAAACGCAUCGAGCGCAACAAGCGGAAAUACGUCACGGCCGUCUCGGGCCUCGAAGCGUUCGGGCUGGAAAAUAAGAAGGUGGCUAAGGAGUUCGGCAAGAAGUUUGCGACGGGGAGUAGUGUGUCGAAGGUGCCGAGUGGCGGCGAGGAAAUCGUGGUCCAGGGUGAUGUUAGUGAGGAGAUUGAGGAGUUUUUGUUGGAGAAGUAUCCCCUGAUUCCGGAGGAUAAUAUUGAGUUGGUGGAGGAUAAGAAGAAGAAGAAGGAUACGGGGGCGGGUGGUUAG